AUGAAGGGCAGCGGCUCCGGGGGCGCGGGCGACAACUGCCAGCAGCGCGACGAGAACGCCGUGAAGCGCCGCCGGGCGAACCCGCCGCAGCUCGGGGCGACCUACUCCCAGCACAGCGGGGGGGACUGCGUAGCCUGGGGCAGCGACGGGGCGGAGCUGCGCGCGGCCUCCAGCUCCGCGGGCGACGAGGUGGAGCUGCGCGCGGCCUCAGGGUCCGCCUCCUGCACCAUGGUGGGAUCUGGGUUGUGCGACGGUAUCUCGGUCGACUCCCUCUGCUGGGCGAAGUACCCGAAAGACCAAGGCGCCACGGCUCACUGCGACGGCGGGCUCCAGGGCUGGAGCUGCGUCGUCGGGGGGGGCAGACGGCCCCCGGAGGCAUGCCUGAGUUUUUCGAUCGGGUCAGCACGGUGUACCACAACAGCCGGAACCAGCCCUGCUGCGCGUACAACCAGGAGAGCUGCUACGACUGGCGCCUGA